AUGCCCACCCCGGAAUCCGCCUCCUUCCUGGCCAAAAAGCCCACGGUGCCGCCUACCUACGAGGGCGUCGACUUCGAAGACAACGUUGCUGUCCACAACGCCCGCGACGCCAUUAUCCGUGAACAAUGGGUCCGCAGUAUGAUGUCUCGUCUGGUCGGAGAGGAAUUGGGCAAAUGUUAUGCUCGUGAGGGUGUGAAUCAUUUGGAGAAGUGUGGGGUUUUGAGGGAGAAGUACUUUGAGUUGCUGGGCGAGCGCAAGAUUAAGGGUUACUUGUUCCAGGAGAAGAAUUACUUUGCUGGGGAGGGAAAUAAGUCUGCUUAG